AAACUGCUCGCGGGCCUCCGUAUAGACCGCAGGGCUCGAGCUGGUCGUAUGCUCCUCGAAAUAUUCAUAGCUGUUAGGAUGCUAUGAUUUUGCUGAGCAUACAUUCAAAGAAGCUGGUUCUAGCUUAUUUCCUCGUUUAGGUUAGCAAACGGCUGGUGGGGCACGGCUUUCUAAGGCCACCACUUCCACCAACGUACAAACAACCAGAUACCUGGCAAAAUGUUCUACGAAGGAGACUUGCAGAGCGGCAUUAGUAAAGCUAUUCAAGAGGAUAAGCUGGUCGCUUGCUUCGUGACAGACGAUGGAGGAGAAAGUUUACUUUGGGAAGAGUUUCUUCGAGAAGAAAAUUUAAAAUCUUCGUUGGCUACGCAUACAAUAUUGCUCCGGCUCAAAGCAGGGUCUCAGGAAGCUGGUUACCUUGCAGCAAUAUUCCCUCUGCCGAAAACACCCGUCAUCGUAAUUAUCAAGAAUGGUGAGCUCAAGGAAUACUUGGCAGCAGGUAUAUCGAGGGAAGAUUUUAUGAGACGUAUAGGUGUUGUGUUGGAAACAAAACCAUCAAUUCAGUCAUCAUCAACCUCAGCUCCAGUGGCACCCAACCCAAGUGGCCCACCAACAGGCUCCUCGCAAACGGGAGAGUCAUCUACGUCGACUCCCCAGAGAUCUACAAGCCUUGUAGCUCAAAGUCUAGCCAACGAGCUGGCUCAGUCCCGUGCAGCCCAAGAUACGCAAGCUAUGCUAGCAGAACGAAGUGCUCGCCUUGAGGUCCAGAAGAAAGAGCACGACAAGAAAGAGAAGGCUAAACGUGCUGAAGAAGCCAAAGCUCGACGGGAGGCUGCUGAAAAAGCCGCUGCGCCAGGCUCGAAAGCCGGGACGGAUGCCAAAUAUGCCCUGAUGCAGAAGAAGCGACAGCAGGAGGCUCGUGAUGAGAGGGCUAGGAUUCUCAAGCGUGUUGAAGAUGAUAAAGCUGAGAGACGCGAGAAAGAGGCUGCUCGAAGAGCAGAGGCUAAGGCAAAAGCUGAAGAAGUCGUUCCACCAACUGGAUCUAGCAGCAUAGCACCCCCUUUCGCUAGCAAGUCAGCCGAGUGCGCGUUACAAAUACGAUUAUUUGAUGGAUCUACCAUUCGAUCAAGAUUUCCGUCCCAGGGUAGUCUUCGAAAGGACGUUAGACCAUGGAUCGACGAGAAGCAAUCUGGUGAUGUACCAUACACAUUCAAGCAUGUCUUGUCACCUCUGCCUAAUAAGAACAUCGAAACGUCUGAGGAGGAGCGGACGCUUCAAUCGCUUGGACUCACACCUAGUGCAACCUUGAUCUUGUUGCCAGUCACAAAUGCUACGAAUGCCUACGAGGGUAACUCUGGCCUUGUUUCUCGGGGUGUCUCCGCCGGCUACGGGAUUGUUUCUUCUGGUGUCGGCCUCGUCACUGGGGUUCUUGGAAGCUUGUUGGGAGCAGGACCAACUCAACCAGCAAAUGAUGCAGCACAAGUAGACUCCACAGACACACGACCCAGUGCAAAUAUUAGAACAUUGAGAGACCAGAAUGCUGGACCUGACGACCAACAGUUCUACAACGGCAACGCACUCAAUUUCGAGCCUCGACAUGAUGACGAAGAUAAGAAGGACGACUGAGCGGUUGGUGAAAGAUGCUUGGCUGCAUGAGCGGCGAAAGGCGCUGAACUUGGGAAUAGCUUGGUGAACAUACAUUUCUCGAUGCUUCUGCUGUACUUCUUUAGAACAGACUUCACUUGAUGUUGGUAUUACGAAGUCAAUUUUUGAUGCGGAUUGAGAAUUAGAGCCUUUUCCAUUGGUACAAGAUGACCCUUCUAAUGUAUCAGUUCCCCAAAUUUACCACUUUAUUCGCACUCCUUCUAUUAUG